AUUGAACUUGACUCACAACGAUGUAAUAGCCAUUUUUAUUCCAUAUUAAAAAUUUCACAUUAUAUGAGCUUCAAGAUAAUUAGAAGUAUAAAUUUUAAUUUGAUAGUGAAUUUUCAAUAUAAUUGUUUAUUCGAACAUUAGUACACAAUCAAAGUUCAAAUGAACUAUGUAAGCCUAAUAUUAUAUAUGUAGACAACUAAAGUUGCUUCUAAUGUAUGCAAUAUAUAUCUUUCUUUUUUUAUUUACCGGAAAAAAAGAAUAAACUAUAUAGAGAUAUAGAAUAAAUCACAACCCAACAACUGAUUAGGUUUAUACUUGGGAAUAAUCGAAAGAAAAUAACUGAAUUGAACACAACAAAAAGUAUAUUUUAUUAUUUUCAAGUACCAAUACUAUAUAAACAAUGGCUAGUAAAAAUGAAACUCCAAAAAACGUUAAGAACACUAAUAAAGUUGAAAUUGAUCUUCGUGUGAAACAAGCCCAAUCACAGCGUGGAAAUGUUGCUCAGGUCAAGCUCAACGUAAAAACGAAAUGCGAGCAAAAAGCUGGAAAUUCGCCUCGUAAAAAUGUCCCCAAAACCCCUAAGGCCGUUGCCGAUGUACCAGAUCCCAAAUUCUUAUUGAAACAGCAGCAGAUCAUAAUAAAACAACAAAAUGCUAUGAUAAAACAACAACAAAAUAUGCUGGUACAACAACAAUUAGUUACUGUACCUCCAAAACCAGCUCAGGCACAACGACAAGCACCUAGAGGAAAAGGAGCACAAUCAAAACUUGUACUUAAUGUUAAGUUAGAGAAAUGAUUCGUUUCAACAUGACUUACGUUUAGAUAUUCAAUUUCUGAAAAACAGAAAUUAUUAUUUAUAUGAAUAGUGAACUAUUUUUCAAAAAAUUAUAGUUAAAAUUACUUUAAUCUAUUUUUGUAGGAUGGUUUUCCUUUCUAAAGUUAUACUUUUUAUUUUCAAAGUGCUACACUCAUAUUCAAGGAAUAAUUUUUAUAUCCAAAGUAACCUCUUGUUCUGAGGUUCAUUUACUUUAUCGUUUUCCUUUUUUUCCAUUUCGUAAGUAUCAGUUUGCAUUUGUUAUUAGUCUACUUUAUUGCUAUUUCUAGUUCAUGGAAAGAAAUAAUGUUAGCCACCAACUACUAUAACUUGCACUGUUUGGUUCUUCGUGUAGGUUCAUAUCCAGCUCGAAGGACCAAAUAGUGUAAUUAUAGUAUAGUAAAUAUAAAUUCACUAUAAAUGUUAUCAACAAUUCCACAAACAUUAACUUAACAUUACAUAUAUUACAGGAAUUAUAGAUUAUAAUAUGGAAUUUUAGCUAAAAACCACUGAAAGUACGAAAAAGUUGUGUAGUCACAAAAAUGACGGGGUUUAUUUUCUUUGACAAUAAUUUUUGACGGGUUACCGUCAGUAAUGUUUUUAGAUUAGGUAGUUGGCAUUACAGAACCAAGAGGGACGACUGCGGGUGCGUUCCCGACUCGGAAAGCGACAGAUAAGUGUACAGUGCUGUCAAAUUUUUUAAAAACUGUGCUCUUUUGAGUUUACUGGCCAACAAUGUGUUGUGUGUACCUUUUCCGACAGUAGUCAUGGAGUCGCACUGAUUCCUCACAUUCGAGAGCCUCACUUUCACUAGGGUGUCUAACCCACGGGUAACACAACUUAUUUUUAACAAGGGGGAGGAGGAAUCCCUUACAAACGGACACAAAAUGCAACGAUCCUUAAUUGUAAAAACACAAACGAAACAUGACAGACACGUAGCCACUUAUCCGCGGAGACUCAUGGCUCGACCUAUCUCAACUCCCGCCGCUCUCCUAGUUUCGCACCGCAAGGAGUCUCUCCUUUCCUCGUGAUAGACACAAUAAUGGGAUUGUGCACUGAUGAUUUUAAAACGUUUAUGAAGCUCUGACAACUCUAUGAGAUCAAAUUUAUUGAAAUUAAAAUAGAAAAUAAUUAUUGUACUUAUUAAUAAAUAAUUUUUAUUGUUAUUGUCCCAUAAAAUAAAGUCAAUAAUAAAAAUAACAUAUAAAUAGAAUAAUAAUAUUGUUGUAACAAAUUUAUAAAUUUUGAAUAAAUAAAAAAUACGUUGAUGAAUGAA